CCCAAUAAGAAUUGCCACGGCCCGCCUCCAUUAUUUUCCCGUCGCGCAUUUCUCGAAUUCUUCGGUCGAUUUCGCUCUCUUCCGUUGCCCUCAACUCACUGGUCUGCUCAAACUCAAAGGUAGCCAGCCAUUACAGAGGAUUCUAAAGCUUGAAGGUUAAACGAAAUGUCGGAGGACAAGCGAAACAUUCUUGAUCAUUAUCGCCGACAGCUUGCUGCGAAGUUUGAGGUAAAGCGGAAGCUUUACAAAGCCAUUUGCAACGAUCCGAGUCUUCCCAACGAUGUGCGUGAGGACCAUCGUUAUAAGCUGUCGAAAUUGCCAAGAAAUAGUUCGUUCACUCGACUGAGGAAUCGCUGCAUUUUCACCGGUCGACCUAGGGCUGUCUACCAACUUUUCCGUGUUUCUCGUAUCGUUUUCCGUGAUCUGGCGUCCAAAGGUCUUAUAAUGGGUGUCAAGAAAUCUUCUUGGUAGAUUUUGAUUGUCGUUGUUGGGCUGUGAUAUCUCUAUGAGGUUUUCUCUUUAAUAUCGGCGGGAAUUAAAUAUAGACACCGAAUUCCUUGAACAUGAUUCAUGCUCGUGUUUAUGUGUAUGACCAAAGAAGAGUAAAGGCUUUACUUUUGGCUAUUCAAUAAGUGUUUCAUCUUAGACAGUUACUAAUGGUGUUGUAUUUUUCUGAUAGAUAAAAUUUUCUUUUUCCCUGCCAUUGAGUUGGUUGCACUAUUCCUGGUUAUUAGCUACUUCCUAUUUUUUACUGCAUCUUCAUUUGAGUUUUAAGCCACGGUGGCCUAGUAGUCCGACCAUCCAUUAGUAGUGAUUCAAUAUCUUACGAGUUUACUUGAGAACCAAAUGUCUUAGGGUCCAAGGUAGCAGUGGGAAUUGUUUAGGUGUGAGCAAGUUGAUCUAUACACUUGUUGGAUAUUUUUCAAGAUUUUAUUUUAUUUUAUUCUUUUAUUUUGGUGUUUUAUCUUAGUUAAUCCCAUGAUAAAAGGGAGUGCUCCCUAAUGAAAAAAAGGCAACAACAUUAUCACAUAGAAUGUGGUUCUUUUCAACCAUUUCACAGCAUAAAGGAAUUGGGGAUUCAUAAGAGAGCUUAGUUGCCGACUUUGAGGAAUUGUUAUAUCUUGGAAGUUGAGUGUGUAGUAGGGGCACAUCUUCUCUAUGAACAAGAAAGCUUGUCUUCCUGGCAUAGAUAAUUAAUGGCAGAUGAUUAUGGCUUAUGAAGCUUCAUCUCGUCUCAUUUAUGUGCAGUUUUUCCUACACAGAUUAUGUACUGAUAACCUUUCCAUUCACAUGGGAACCAUUAAGAUAUUGAACCCUAUUUUUAUUAUUGUGAA